AUGGCUAAUGCAACGACAUGGGAUGAUUUUAAGGAGUUGAUGCGGGAAGAGUACUGUCCUCGUGACGAGAUUCAGAAGCUCGAGAACGAGUACUACGAUUUGAAGAUGGAAGGGUCUGAGAUUGAGGCUUACACGAAACGAUCUCAUGAACUAGCAAUUUUGUGCCCUAACCUGUCUCGACCUCCACCUCGAAGAAUUGAACUAUACAUCAAGGGCCUAGCACUAUCGUGUGGGGAUGAAGGUCAGAUCAAGCGGGAUUGCCCUCAGUUGAAUCAGAAUGUCAAUGACAACAACAACAACAAUGCUGGGAACAACAACAAUGGCAGCAAUGGUGCUCGUGGAAGGAGUUAUGUGUCCCUAGAGUUCAGUCAGCGAUUAGGGCUAACCCCAAUACCUUUAGAAGCUAAGUAUGUAGUAGAAUUAGCUGAUGGCAAAACGAUAGCAGCUUCGCAUGUCCUUUUUGGGUGUAAACUAGAUCUUGUGGGUCAAGUGUUUGAUAUUGACCUCCUUUCUGUUACCCUCGGUAGUUUUGAUGUAGUGGUUGGUAUGGAUUGGUUGUCUAAACAUCAAGCUGAGAUUCUAUGUAAGGAGAAGAUUGUACGUAUUCCUCUCCCCAGUGGAGAGUCAUUAUCGGUUCAGGGGCAUCGUAGUGGGACAAUGGUUGGUAUCAUCUCAGCUAUGCAAGCGCAGAAAUGUCUACGAAAGGGGUAUCCUGCUAUUCUAGCACUUGUUACUGAUACUCCAUCAGAAGAAAGAAAGAUCAAAGACCUGCCAGUUGUUCAUGAAUUUCCUGAGGAACUACUUGGUUUACCUCCUCACUGUCAAGUGGAAUUUCAGAUCGAUCUUGCACCAGGAGUGGCUCCAAUUGCUCGUGCUCCUUAUCGUUUAGCACCUGGAGAGUUGCAAGAGCUAUCCAAUCAACUUCAAGAGCUGUUGGAUAGAGGCUUUAUCUGA